GUGUUUCUGAGCGACGUGCUGCUCUCCUUCUUCGUGCCCGAGUUCCGCAUGGGCGAGUGGAAGACCAGCCUCGCCAGCAUUGCUGUCGAGUACCUACGGGGUAUGUUCUGGUACGACAUGCUAGCAGCGCUGCCAUGGGAUCUGGUGCUCAAGGGCGUGUAUCAGCCCACCGGCACCGCUGCUGUCGCCCUCUCCGCCUUCGGCCUGCUGCGACUGCUGCGUCUCAUCCGCCUCUGGAACGUGCUGUGGGACAUGGCAGUGGACGUGCGGUACGACUACAUCUCCACCAGUGUGCACAAGUUCGCCCUCCUCAUCCUCUUCGCCGCCCACUGGUCCGCCUGUGUCUUCUUCCUCCUCGCGCGCGUGCGCAACUUCAGCGAGGACACGUGGGUGGGGCACUGUGAGCCGGACCUGCCUCUGCGCCCUCCCCUUGACGCCUACGUCACAUCCAUUUACUGGUGCGCUGCUGCUGCCUGCUCCCCUGGCUACGGCGACCUGUCAGCCUUCACAGUGCCGGAGCGCAUCUGGGCGGCGCUCUUCAUGCUGGUGAAUCUGGGCCUCACGGCGUACGUGCUGGGCAACAUGACCGUGCUGCUCACCAAGGCCGACGCCCACACCGCCACCUACCGCGACCGCCUCGCUGCCAUCAAUAGGUACAUGCGCGCACAUGUGGUGCCGGCCUCACUGCAGGAGCAGGUGCAGGCGCACCUCAAGCUGCACUUCGACACGGCGGAGGUGAGGGACGAUGUGUUGCUGCACUGCCCAUCAUCGGUGCGCACGCUGGUGAAGCGCCACGUGUACUCGCGCUUCGUCAACUCCUCCUACCUCUUCGCCGGCACCUCCAACGUCUUCCGCGACCAAGUGACGACGCGGGCCAAUGUGGAUUUCUUCCUGCCACACGUGGACCUGGUGGCAGCCGGCAACAGCACCACGGAGCUGCUCAUCAUCGCCUCGGGGCAGGCGCAGGUGCUGGUGCGGGACAAGGAUGGCAACGAGGUGCAGUGGUUUGUGCUGCAUGAGGGGGACUGCGUGGGAGAUGAUACCUUUCUGGGAGAUGAUACCUUUCUGGCAGAUGAUACCUUUCUGGCAGAUGAUACCUUUCUGGCAGAUGAUACCUUUCUGGCAGAUGAUACCUUUCUGGCAGAUGAUACCUUUCUGGCAGAUGAUACCUUUCUGGCAGAUGAUACCUUUCUGGCAGAUGAUACCUUUCUGGCAGAUGAUACCUUUCUGUGCGGCUUUAUGGAGCUGUGGCUUCCUUCCCCACUCCAUUCACCAGAGAUCGCCUUCCUGUGCGACCUCACGGAGCUGUGGACGGUGCGCACGCUGUCGGUGUGUCGGGUGCUCUCCAUCUCACGAGACGACUACCGCUCCGUGGCUCGCACCCACCCCGCUGACGACCGCCACGUCAUCGCCAACCUGCUCAACCGGGCGCGCAGCAGGGCGGAGGCGACAGCACGGUUCUACCCCGGCAACAGCACCAUGGCGGAGCUGUCUCUACUGCUCAAGAACGAGGUCGAGUCGUUCCGCAACCGCCUGGUGCAGGAGACGCUGAUGAACCUGUGCUACGCGGCCAAGCGCGGCGACAUGCUGGAGUGCUUCCGCCUCGCUGCUGGCGGCUUUGAUGUGGCCGCUGCUGACUACGAUGGCCGCACACCCAUGCUCGAGUGGGAUGGCAGGACGCCCAUGGUGGUGCACCUCUGA